GCGGAAGUGGGCGGGGUGAGCUCCCACGCGCAUGCGGGAAGCGUGGUUAGUUGGAGGAGGCUGCUACCAUGAGGUUGAAUCAGAACACCUUGCUGCUGGGGAAGAAGGUGGUGCUGGUACCCUACACCUCAGAGCACGUGCCUAGGUACCACGAAUGGAUGAAAUCAGAGGAACUGCAGCGUUUAACAGCCUCAGAGCCGCUGACCCUGGAGCAGGAGUAUGCCAUGCAGCACAGCUGGCGGGAGGAUGCAGACAAGUGCACCUUCAUUUUGCUGGAUGCAGAGAAGUGGCAGGCCCAGCCAGGCAUCACUGAAGAGAGCUGCAUGGCAGGAGAUGUGAACCUCUUCCUCACAGAUGUAGAAGACCCCACCUUGGGGGAGAUCGAGGUCAUGAUUGCAGAGCCCAGCUGUAGGGGCAAAGGCUUCGGCACUGAGGCCGUUCUCAUGAUGAUGUCUUAUGGAGUGACUAACCUAGGUCUGACCAAGUUUGAGGCUAAAAUCGGGCAAGGAAAUGACCCGAGCAUCCGGAUGUUCCAGAAACUUCACUUUGAGCAGGUGGCUAUGAGCAGCGUCUUCCAGGAGGUGACGCUCAGACUGACCAUGAGCGAGCCUGAGCGGCAGUGGCUUCUGGAGCAGACCAGCCACGUGCAAGAGAAGCCCUACAGAGAUGGGUCAGCAGGGCCCUGCUGACAGCAGGGGCGCCGCACAUUCCAAAGACCAGAGCCCCGCAACAGGAGUAAACAUACAGAGCUUUCAGUGCCAGAGAGCUCCUGGUCCUGCUCCAGGCUGAGAAUCACCUUUUAGGCCCUUCAGACUCUGGCCAGGCUUGCCUUGGCCUCUCUUCACUGGCAAUAUGGCUGAGUGGACUCCAGGGCCUGUCCCUCCUCUCCCCUCCUGGCCAAACCCAGAUCAGACUCAGAACCUGGAGUGGAUGGCAGGAAUCCACAGGACAGGUCAGGGUGGAGGUGGGAGCCAGAGGUGCAGGGGCACCUGGAGAACUGACGGGAGUGGACACGCCUUUCCCCAUAAAGGCCGGGGGCAUCACCCUGUGGCCACUGUCCUGGCUGGGAGUAAAGCACACUCCAAUCAGGUCAGUGGCCAAGUAAGAUAGUGUCUGGUGCUAGCUCAGCCUGCUCUGGAAGCACGGCCUGCUUCCCUGUUUCCUUAUUCAGCCUGUGUGGAGAACUACCAGGAGGCCCAUCUUAGCAUCUGGUCCUCUGUUGUCCUGCAGAAGCAGGCUGGUGUGACUCUGGAAAGACAGGCAGCUUAGAGAGGGAGUGAGUGGCCAGCCCCUCGACCUAGUGUUCUCGUUCUUUUUACUCUUCAGAGCCAAGUAGUCUUGCGGAGGAGUAAGUUAGUUUUGGAUACAGCUUCUUGUGGCUGGAGAACAUCCUUCUGUUGAAGGUUGGGUCCUCCUGUCAGUUGCCAGGGCUGCAGGAGAAGUGGAGGCCACUCAGUGGUACCCUUCUGAAGAGGAGGGCUUUAGGCUGCUCUGCUGUCUGUCCCUCCUGCUCUCCCAUGCUCUGCUUCUGGGAGCAGCUGCCCCUGACCAGGCCAUGAGGGGGCAGUGGAGGCCCAGGUUUAGGAUGGCCUGGCUCCCUGGCAACAGCUGCUUACAGAGUAGAGCUGGGCCUCAGGGUGGGGGCGACACUCUUUGAUUUCUGACUGUCCCCCGUGCCCCGUCAUAAUCCAGGGUGGCAGUCAAGAAAGGCUGGGCAUGUUUUCAAAACACAGCAUGGAAGAAUGCUUGUAGGGCAUUUUCAAGUGGGGGAAAACAGUCCCAAGUAAGGUGACUUGCUCAAGGCCUCCCAGCCCCCUCAAUCUCGGCACCUCACAGCCGACCAUCCCUGUGGAAAGCAGUAGCUCUAAAACAUGCUUGAAUCUAAAAGCAAAACUUCGCUUGCUAUGGCUGUUUGUGCUGUGCUCCAGUCUCUCCGCGAUAGGAGUUCCCUCUG